UCAAAUUGCACCUGAGACAAGUCCAUGGACAGGUGCGUUCGUGAUAAGAGACAACGGGCCUCAACGAAAAUUACUUGACUCUGUAUAAUUUUGACGUAAUGUAAUUUAUUGGAAUAAUAAUACUUCUCUACUCAACAUUUUUUACAAGCCGUAUCCGUGCAAUCUCUUUCUUACACAUCUCUUCCCCUCAUGGACAAUGGUGCGAAAGCCAAAAAAGAAGUAUCCUACCAAGCAAGUAUUGCUGUUGGCUCCACAGUCUGCAAGGACAUAAAACUUCAGGGCACAGUCUCAAUCGGCACCUUAACUAUAAUCCACCCGAAAGCAUCAAUCCUUGCAGAAAACGGUCCUAUUGUGAUUGGAGAUGGGAACAUUAUUGAAGAGCAAUCAGUCAUAGCAAAUAAACUUCCAGCAGAUGCCAAUGGAGAACCUCAGACUCUCUUUGUUGGCAAUAACAACAUGUUUGAAGUAGGCUGUGUGUGUGAAGCAAAAUCUGUUGGGGAUAAUAACGUUUUGGAGGCAAAAAGUUAUGUUGGGCCUGAAGUUGAAAUAAGCAAUGGGUGUUUCAUUGGCGCUGCUUGCAGACUAACUCUUCCUGAAAAACUGCCAGAAAAUUUGUCUGUUUGUGGAAGCAAUCAUUUGCGAAAAAUUAUGUCUGAUAGGCCAGCGCCUCAAACAUCCCAGAAAGAUCACCUAGCCAAGGUUUUACCAAAUUACCACCAUUUAAAGAAACCAAGACAGCUAACAGGCAGUUAAAAUUAGUACCUGGAAGAACUGCAUAUUCCUAAUGAAGAUUAGAAAAAUAUGUCAAUUGUAAAUAUAUGUAAGAAGAGUCAUCUAAUCAAGUGGAAAGUAAAUGUGAUUUUUACCAGUUUUAAAUGUCACUUGUUGAGCAGAGGAUUUUUUUAAAAUUCAUACAUACUAAAUUAAUCAUUCAAGUCAUUCACUCAAUUCAUCAUACACUAUCUGCGUGUAAUAAUCAUUCCAGUUUAAUUAAAAUUCACUUUUAAAUACAUAUUAAGAGUUUAUUAUUUUUGUAGAUGUUAGCUGCUUUUCUAAUGAGGGUUAAAAAAAGGACGGGUCAAAGGUAACCAA